AUGACAUCAACAACCGCAACGGCUUCAACAUCGUCACCACUCAUUACUUCAAGACAAACUCCAACAACAACAACAACAACGACGACAACGACAACAUCAAAAGACAACAACAACAACAACAAUGGUGGGUCGAUAUACACGGGUUCUGUACUGUUAAUGGAAGCAAUCCUCCGUAAAAGACCUGAUGUUGUCGAUUAUCUCAUCGCGAAUCGCUCCCAGCUGAGCCUCAACCUCAACUCCAGGGAUAAAACCGGGAGUAACAUCCUUUUCUAUGCCGCAUCUGUCGGCAGUCCGCAAGAUUUAGAGAAGUUGAUAUGCGCUGGCUGCAAUGUGGCUAGCGACUACGAAAAGAGGACGGUGCUGAUGCAGGCCACACUCAGUGGCAGGGUUGAUAUUGCUGACUAUCUCGUUCAGAUCAGUGAUGCUGUUGGUCUGGAUGUCUUCCAGUGUGAUUCCAUGGGCCGGAAUGCUAUGUUCUACGGGUCGGAAGCGAGAAGCGGCGUCAACAGGAAAGUUGAGAGCAACAAGAUAGAGAUGGUGGAGUACUUGCUAUCAACCGGGGUGGAGUUUGCAGUAACAGACGACAACACGACCGCCAUUAUGCAGGCUGCCAAAAACGGAAAUGACGUAAUGACGCGUUUCCUUUUGAGCGCGUACAAAAUGGCGGAAAAUAAUAGCAAACUCUCCUCCAGCAACAAAUCCCCGAACAACACGUGGACGGAAACGGAUGGUUUUUUGACACCGGAAGUAGACAAAUUGGCUGACGUCAUAAACAUGGCGGAUUUGAAUGGAGAAAAUGCUUUAUUCUACGCCAUCCAAUCGUGCAGCACUUCCGUGGCAACCAUUUUAAUUCAAAAUGGCGCCAAUCCAUUCUGCGAAAACCCCGACGGUGUAAAUGCGAUCUCUUACGCCUUGAACAACGCACCUCCCCACGUGACUGCUGCCAUUUUGGAUUGUUGCUACGAACUCCUCAGCGGCGAAAUCAACGACUACGAUGUACGCAACAAGCGUGAGAACAACAACAAUGAAGUCAGCAACAACAACAACAAUAUCGACAACAACGACAACAUCAACAACAUCAACAACAAUAACAUCAACAACACCAACAACAUCAUCAACAACAACAGCAACAACAGUGGAAACAACAACAAAAGUGUACAAAUCGUUCAUAAAAAUGCCGACGAGAAGAAUACAGCAUUUGCGAAGAAAGAAAAGCCAACAAACAACAUCAACAACCAUUCAUUAACUCAAAUGAGUAGCAGUUACGAUAGCGAUGCCGGAAGCAGUUGCAGCAGCAGCAGCAGCGGCGUGUGCAGCAGGUGCACUAACCACAGCAAUGAUGAAAUUUAUCAGUUCAUAGACAAUAAUGACGUCAUCAACAACAAUCUCUCUUUCUCUUCGACUGUCGAGAGCAACGUAGUCAAAAACAUCAACAACAACAUCAACAACAACAACAUCAACAACAACAACAUCAACAACAACAUCAACAACAACAACAUCAACAACAACAACAUCAACAACAACAACAUCAACAACAACAUCAACAACAACAACAUCAACAACAACAUCAACAACAUCAACAACAAAACAACAAAUAACACAAUUGUCGACAACAACAACAUCAAUAACAAGAAGAUAGUAAACAUCAACAACAAAUACAUCAACAACAAAGACAUCAACAAGGCACACAGCAUCCACAGUGUUUUCAGCAACAACAUCGAGAAUGACUUCAACAAUUCCGACAACAUUAAAAACAUCAAUAAUCUUUUCAACAGCAUCAGUCACAUCAGUAACGACAUUAACAACAACAACAACAACAAAACUAACAAUGAUAUCAUUAAUAAUGACAACAAAAACAACAACAGUAUUUUACAAAACAAUGAUGAGGUGGCCAAUUUUUUUAAUGUAACGUUCAAUCAACAAGUUUCUGAUGACGUCAUCAUAAACAACAACAUCAACAACAACAUCAACAACAACAGCAACAAAACAACAAGUGACACGAUCAUUACUACUACUAACAGCAACAGCAGCAACAACGACAACGACGAUGUUGUCAACAAAUGUUGCCAAACGGAAAACGUUCGCAAAUUCAUUAAUUUUCAACAAGAUGUUACCAAAGAUCGUACAUUUUGCUACAGAAAUUGCGCAGAAAAAGACACAAGUAGUUUAUUUGCAAUAACGUCGUCGUCAUCAUCAUCAUCAUCAACAACAACAAAAUCAACACCACCAACAACAACAACAACAUCAACAAACGAACGAAUUAAAACAUUCCUGACAAACUUAUUGAACUGCAAGGAUAGCAAGCAGCGCUCCAGCGUUCAGUGCCUCAUCGAGACAGGGGAGUUCGAACUGGCCAUGAAGUACUGCAGACUGUCGGAACGUGUGGAUGCAACGCUGUUGAGGUUGCUGAGACAGCAUCAGGACGAAAGUGGUUGCACGUUGCUGAUGAGUUCCUGCAAGCAACCGUUGCAUGAUACCAAGAAGAACAACUGCUUCCAUAGCAACUACUACCAACUCAACAAAACAAAACGCCGCCUCAACAACAACGGCAACAAAAAUACUCGCAAAAUCAACAAGCUUGACCUAAUAAAAUAUUUUUGUGACGUCAUAAAAUUUGACCCAGAUAUUCUUGACUUCCGGGGUCGAAAUGCCCUAUUUUAUUCGGUGGAGAGUAUAGACGCAGCCGCUACGUCAUACUUGCUGCAAAAAAUUAAAAAACUACAACCGGAAAUAGGAACGAAACGAACGGCGUUAAUGGCGGCUGUGGCAACAGGAAGCCAGCCACUCGUCUGCGAGAUGCUGGUGUCCAGGUUCGCCACGGAAUUGCUCGCACAGAGGGACGAAAUGGGACGGACGGUCCUGCACUACUGCACUAUGCUGGAUGGAUCCGUGUUGAGUGGCAUCAUGCUGGACACCCUGCUGAAGUUUGAAGAAGGAAUGCCUCUCUCUUCAAAUGCAGCCACCACCUGGGCCACAACGUGUGACGAGAAGAAGAAGAACGUCGCAAAUGAAGUUGAGAGUUAUAGUAGUACAAUCUCUAACAGCUACAACGUCAACAGUAGUGGCAGCGGCGUCACUGACUUCAACAAACGCUGCCACCCAGACAUUGCAGACAACGAGGGAAAGACCCCAUUCAUGUAUGCAUGCAGGAACUGCAACAGACCUGCUGUCAUGAGACUCCUAAAGGAACCUCUGGUCUCGCUGGAUCGAAAGGACAACAUGGGAAGAAGUGUGCUACAUCACUGCUUUCUUGGGCCAACCGCUAGUUUAUUCUGCGUCGGGUCUCUAUUGAGGAGAAGUGUAAAGGUGAAUGCAGUUGAUAAUUUUAACGUUACGAGUCUAAUGCUUGCCUGUCAAAAUUUCUCCGUGACAAAUAUCCCGGUGAUUAAGAUCCUUGUGGAUUUCGGAGCGGACCCAGUUCUGCAGGAUGAUGAUGGGAGAGAUGCCUUUGAUUACUGUCCGCCUGUUGGCUGCGAGUACGUCAAAGGGCUUAUGAGGAGUAGAUUUGGGCCAAUGAGAAAGCUGGUGAUUGAAUGCAUUGAUAAGUGA